AUGGCUUCGCUUAACAAACGUGGGGAUGCCAUAGUGCGGAGAGGGAACGCCCCCUGGUCGGCAGGACUCCGGCACGCGGUGUGCAUCACCGGCUCCGAGCGGUCCUUCUCGGAGAUCGGCCUGAACGUGAAGGCUGGGGUGGAGGACCUUCUCUCGACGCCCAACGGCACCAGUGUCUUUUUUGGCGUCCGGCCCGUGAAUGAGAGCUGGACGCACCUUCGGCGGCUCCUUCCGCUGGCCGACGUGGAGCCACAGGGCAGCUGGUGCCGCGAAGCGCCCGUUGAGACGCCGAAAUGGUACCAAUGCUCCAACCGUGGCCGUGUCGACUGCCGUCGCAACUUUGUCCAGUCCCUCUGCGACCUGAUGCACUGCGAGCACAUGAUCAGCGCACACGAGGUGCGCGAAGGACGCCCCUUCGACUCGGUCAUGCGCGUGCGCCCUGACGCCAUCUGGGAGUCACGCCUCGACUUCCCUUGGCCACUCGACAACCGCUCGGUCUACGUGCCCUACAUGGAGGCCAGGGUCGGGCGGCCGCCGCGCUCGGGGGUCAACGAUCACAUGGCGCUGGGCGGCCGGCUGGCGAUGCGCCUGUACCUCACUCGCAUCCGCUACGCCACGAUGAACGCCACGGAGAUCCAGGCCGGGCUCCCGUUUGCAUUUGCGCCGCCGGCCACCUCUGAGCUCUUUCUGCGCGCAACCUUGCAGCGCGACCACGUCGUGGUCAAGCCGCUCGGGGGCUGGGCCUACUGCAUGCUGACCAAAAACUCGCUCAUGCUGCAGGGCAAGCACUCAUGCGUCAAACGCUGGCAGAGGAGCCAGCGGUGCGGCAGCUUGGAGUGCCCGGUGGUGCUCAACGGGUGCUUUUGCCACAACGCGACGUGCAGCAGCCUCGCAGCCAACCGCAAGCUAAAAGACCCCGCUGGGGCUGCAGCAGCGCCGCUCAGGGCCACGCCGUCGCCAGGAGAGGCGGGCGGCCCGACGGGCAGCGCUUCCGGCAUGGUUCUGGCAGAGGUUUCGCCGUCCGGGGACGGCGGGGUGGCCGCGGGGGCUGAGACGGAGGUCGAGCGCAUCGUCGAGCUCCUCGUGGUAAAGCGGGGCGGGAAGUCCCUUGUCCUAUCAUUUGGAGACGAUCAGCUGGCUGUUGUCGCCGAGGCUAUGGUUGGCCACGGGACGAGCGCCGCGGAGUUGCGGGAGAACAUGCUCGGCGACGCGAGCAUGGUCGACGCCGUCUCGCCGUACUUUGCGAGAGCCGCCGACAUGGACACGCUGCCGCCCGGGCGGCAGGCAGUCCUCCGGGCGUGGUGGCUUGGGGCCGCCCAGGCUGGAGGCACCCUGCAGGUCGCCGAGCUGGCCAAGCAGAAUCUCAGCGCGGCAGGCGCGCUCGCACUUAGCGUCUCCCUCCUCACCGGGUACGUAGUCACAGACAAGGACCUGGCGAGCGGGGGAGCGGUCUUCGAGGGCGCAGUCUACGGCCGGAACCUGUGGACACUCAAGUGCGUGCGACAGGCCAAAGACGACCCGGGCAGCCUCCACCAUGCCCUCAAAUCUCAGUUCUUCACCUACAUCGAGCGAUUUUUCCGCAAGUACCCGGGGCGCGGCCUGCCGGAGCUGCCGCUCGACCGCAUCCUUCGCGACGACGUCUACCGCGAGCAUGAGAGAAAGAAGAACUCUUAA